CCGGUUGUCCCAAUUGGUUCGAUUCUUCUUCUUCUUCUUCUUCAAAUAAAUUGGCCAAAUUUCCCACUCCAUUUCACUUCCAAAAAAAAAAAAAAAAACACGGUGGCCGGUUCCAACCAUGUGGGCGACGCCAACGACCAUCUCCUUCCCUCCGAGCGCCAACCCCGUACGGAUACGGAUACCCAUUCUCCGCACAAAUCGUACGGAAUUCAAUUCUUUGAAGCUCAGAGCUUCCUUCUUCGAUUAUCCUCUUGCCAGCAGAAUCAUCGUUAGAAAUCUACCAUAUUCAACCAGUGAAAGAAGUUUGCUCGAGAAUUUUUCAAACUUUGGCCAGAUAGCCGAAGUAAAACUCAUAAAGGACAAAAUGACAAGAAGGUCCAAAGGGUUUGCCUUCAUCCAAUUUACCAGUCAAGAUGAUGCUAUGCUUGCCAUAGAAAACAUGGAUCAUCAGAAUCUUGAUGGCAGGCUGAUUUAUGUAGAAAUAGCAAAACCUGGGAAAGAUGCUUUCGGAGGAUAUCUGAGAACCUCCGGUCCCCCAAAACAGCAGCAGCAUUUACAGGUACUAGAGGAAGCAGCCGAUUGUUGGUACUGACGAUGAAGAAGUGUAGUAAACGCAACGGAUUUAGCGAACAAUUAUGGCAAUUAUUGAGAUAAAAAAAAAACAACAACAAUGGAGGAGAGCAUACACAACUAGAUUUCCAAUAAUAUGAUCAAUGCUCUGUCAGUGCAUUAACAAGCGUUUCAAUCUCUGUUAUGUUACUAGCAUCUUUGAUGUAAGAUAUGUCUAAAGCUUGUAAAACAAAAAGAAACGACAUUUGUUUUUAGAUGCAAAGGAUAGAAAUAACACAGCGCCUAAAGGCAAAGGAGGCCAAGGCAUCUGAUUUUUUUUCUUCUAUUGAGUUGAAUACUAAAUAUGUGAUUUUA